GACGCGGGGAGCAAUUUUGCAGAGGAGGUGUUUCGGUAUUCAUGAAAAAACAUGAAGUCCUCCUGGUUAUUUAUAAUAUAUGUGCUAUGGCUGAAAGGUCAUCAGUGUGCACCAACAAGGCAGGAGGAAAUGAAUCUCCGGGAAAACCUGAAACUAUUAUCUGAAGUUGGAGAGAAGUAUGUAGAUGAAGAGGUAAAGAAAGCUUUGAUUGGCAUUAAGCAGAUGAAAAUCAUGAUGGAAAGAAAUGAAGACAAGCACGUAGAUCUGAUGAAAACCUUGAAGAAGAGCAGUGAAGAAAAACAGCAAGCCUUGCGACUCAUGGACGAAGUAAAGGAAAGAUUAGAAGAAGAAGAAAGACAAUGUCAAGUAUCCUUGAAAAAUUUGUGGGAUGAAUGUGAAUCUUGUUUAGAAAGUACCUGCAUGAGAUAUUAUACAACUUGCAAACAUGGUUUGUCAACAUUUAGAAGAAAGGUCGAAGAUUUUUUGAGGAAAAUACCUCCACUCAUUUUUACUUUUCAUGAGGAUCAAGGAAAAGACAUCCAGUUUAAUGAAAAGCCUGAGAAAGAGGAUACCCAGCUAGCAAAAAUGGAAGACUUGUUUAGCAAACUAUUAUCAGACAUGGGCUCAAUAUUUGACAGAAGUUUCAUUUUUUUCAAGCAGAUGCAAAAAGAAUUUGACCAGUCUUUUCAGAUGUAUUUCAUGUCUGAUCUGAACUUGAAUGAGUUCCCCAGUAUGCCAGCUCUACCUGAGGACACCACCAGAAAUGACGGCUCACAGAAAGGCUGGGGUAUACCUGGCUUCUUACAGACAGUUUUUGAUUUCAGUAAGACGGUGUUUGAAGGUGUCAGUGAGGUGAUUACCGAAGUAUUUGACGAAUACAGAGAUAAUAGAAGAGAUGUGCCAGAACAAACCAAAGAUCCUGACAGAAGUGGCAUGUUCUCAAAAAUUGUGUCAGGGCGCCGCAGGCCGCUGUGCAGGGAGCUUCGGGAGAACUCCUCUGGAUGCCUGCAGUAUCAUGAGAGAUGCCAGCAAUGUCAAGACAAUCUUUUGCAUGAUUGCCCAAACGUUCCCGAACUGCACAUCAAGUUUGAUGAAGCCUUUAAGCUGGUUAAUCUCUCGGGGGAGCAGUAUGAGCAGAUUCUGCAGGUGGUUCAGCGUCAUACAGAAGACACUUCCUACUUGUUGAACAAAAUGAAAGAAAGAUUUGGGUGGGUGUCUGAGUUAUCCAACGCGACCAUUGGACCAGAAAACAUUUUCAAUAUAGUUAAGGUGGUACCUGGGGAUGCCUCCAGUAAAAAUGAAACCAUGGUAGACGUGAAUAUUCUGACUUCACCUACUUUCACCAUUAAAGUUCCUCCCAGCUUAGACCCAAAGAGUGCUGAAUUCAUCGAAUACAUAGCUGGGAAAGCACUGCAACUAUAUAAGCAGAAUUUUUAAGUGGAAAGAAGAAGGGUGAAAUCUUUCUUCCUGAAAUCCAGUAUACACUCCUUAGAUGAAAUACCCCUAAGCUCAAUGUACAGCUAAUUGUUAAAUGACUGUGGUUAAAACAGAUGCAUAUAAAUAAAAUUUCGCUUAGUAAAUAUUGUGACAUACGAGCUAGCAAAUGAAAACUGCAGAAAACUUUUAAUUAAAAACCAAAUUCAAAUCCAUUUUAAUGUUAAUUUAUUUAAAUAAAAUAUUAUUUAUGUUGUAAAUUAGGUAAUCUUGCUAACCAGGUUAUGCAAAGAUUUAAGGAAAUAGUCAGCUGUAAGCAUACAAAGAAUUCCUAUCUGCCCACUUAAAUUGAAGCACAUUCUUAAGCCUUUUCAAGCUUGGUCCCUAC